GCGGUCACUGGGACUUGGGCCUUUUAUCUCUCCGGGUUGCCAAAGAAGGAGGGAGGAAGAGAGGCGUGAGGGGUGGCCCCUGUGCGGUAACACCUUUCCCCAGCUAUAAAUGUUGCACCUGGCAUGGGGAGGGGGUCAGUACCUCUACCACCAGCAGCUGCUCUCCGGCCACUGAUCACACUACCCACAGUAAUCAUCAGACAAGAGCUGGGGCACUGAGUCGGCCAGAACUCCACUGAGAGGAAAAGACAAUCGCCGGUACAGCCAGCCGACUACCUGCUGCUGCCUCUGCCGCCUUUGCCUUUGCCCGCCUCCGCAGCUGCAGCGAGCUCCCAGGCUCCUUGUGGCCCAAGAGGAACCACCCAUCCUGCGGAGGCUCCGGCAUACUAGGGAAGGAAGAGUUGCAGGACAAGGCGGGGAGGACAGGCCUGUUGCAAAACUGCUGCCGAAUAUUUUCUGAUCGUCUCUCCCUGCCAGCCGGUUCAGCACCCGUGUGUGCGCUCGGGUCGUUGUGUGCGCGCACACGCGCUUUCGGGAGCAUCCUCGCACCUCGGAGGCCAAGCUAGGCAUCCGACCAGACCCAAGCCUUGCACUCCCUCCUCUCCUCCCACCCUCUCUCCCCAGCCUGCCCUUCCUCCCUUUCUUCGCCUUUCCCGCCUGACCACCAUGAUGCAGAUCUGCGACACCUACAACCAGAAGCACUCCCUCUUCAACGCCAUGAACCGCUUCAUCGGGGCGGUGAAUAACAUGGACCAGACCGUGAUGGUGCCCAGCCUCCUGCGGGACGUGCCCUUGCUGGAGCAGGAACUGGAUGCGGGGGUCGGGGUAGUGGUAGGAGGCAGCGGCGGCUGCCUGGAGGAGAGAGAUUCCCAGUUGGGAUCCGGGGGUCCCCCCAGCCCCGGCAGUGCUACCGGAAGCUUCUUCUCGCCCAGCCGGGACAUGUACAGCCACUACAUGCUGCUCAAGUCCAUCCGGAACGACAUCGAAUGGGGCGUUCUGCAGCAGACUCCCCAACAGGGCGAUGAGUCCCCCACCGGCACUUGGAAGCCCAAGGACAUUCUCAUGGACCUGAGCCGCCUGGAGGAUGGAGAAGGGGGUGAGGAGGACCUGGAGAAGCAGUUUCACUAUCACCUCCGGGGACUGCACAUGGUGCUUUCUAAACUCACCCGGAAAGCCAACAUCCUCACUAACAGAUACAAGCAGGAGAUCGGCUUCGGCAACUGGGGCCACUGAGGCAGGGGAAGUGGCAGGGGAGUGGCAGGCGUCUCCUCUAACGCACGCUUCUCUUACCUCUCCACCUCUCCUCUCUUCCCUCUUUUCUCUCCUAAAUAUGAUUUCUUCCUGCGCGGUGGGGCGUGUGUAAAUGAAGGGCAAGGCUGCAAGGGAAGGGGGGGGGGGGAACUGCCAGGCGACUUGGGGUGGGAGGGAUGCAGAAGGGAGGGGCUGCUGUGUUCCGCGGUUCGCAGGCUGUGAUGGAGGGCUGGGGUGUCCUGGGAAAGGUUUGGGGGCGGGGGGAGUGUGCUUAAUAGGCCGAGGAGAACGUGUUAGCAGCAGAAGGCAAAUAACUUCGUGGAAGGGAUUACUGGAAAUGUGCAUUGACUGGUGGUCCUAGGACCCUUGGGAUUCGGCUGCCUUCAUCCUGUUCCUUCCUAGUCAUUUAUUCCACCUCCUCUACCUCCUUCCCCUUCCUGGGGAGCGAAAGGGGUGUCCGGAGGAAGUCAGGGGACCUGCCUGCAGCAGAGUUAUCUUACAAUUUAGCUGGCUGCACCUAAUGAAGCUCAAGCACUCCAAGGCGUGGCGGCGCUGGCCGCCGCCACUGGUUGUGGCGGCAGCGGGGCUGCUGGAAGAUUGCAUCAGUUUUUCCUGUUUUGCACUACUUUUUUUUUUCUUUUUUGUAACAAUACCCCUGUCUUUAAGUAUUCUGAUUCUCUUUUUCUGGUGCUCUGAAACUGCAGCUAAUUCCUCCUGACAAAACGCACAAAACAGAGCACGGGUUUAUCAUUAACCGGUACUACUUUUUAAUUAAUUUUCUUACGUUAGGGUGUGCAAUUGUCCCUCCAUCCCCUUCCCACAUUUGACCCCGGCGCCCUCACCCGAGGACUGUUGUCCAUAUCUAAAGCUGGUAACUUUGCUAGCUUGUAAGAGGCGAGGCUGCAACUAAGCCAAUGAAAAGAAUAAAAAUUGUUGUGAUAAAAUGAACUUGUUUUCCAAAAUGGAACCAACUGACAAUUCUAUGUCUUGUUUUAAGUAGAAAGAUGAAGGGUUCCAGUGUUGUAUAUGUAUACGUUUAUUUAAAAACUUUUUUAUCCAGAUGUAGAAUAUAUUCUAAAAAAAAAAGCAAAUGUAUUAAUCUUGAAACUUUUUGUUCACAUAAAACCCUUGAACCCCGCGAAUUACUAGUUUUCAAUAAUAAAUUAAUAAUUUCAAUUGA